AAUAAACCUGCAGAAUGAGCUCGGUGGGGCUUGCGCUCCGGCAGGCCGGGAGGCAUUUUCUAGAAAGCGCUCACCGCAGCUCACGCCCAAGCGCGCCAACGCACCACACGAAACCUGUAUGUGACAGGCAUGUAACAGGAGUCCAGGUGACGGGACCGCACAGCUGGCCUGCGGCGCUGCACGGCCUAUGCCAUGCCCGCCGCUCGCGGCGCCGACUUGUCGCGGCCCGGGCCGACCCUCAGGAGCUCAUGCGGCACUUGGAGCAGGAGCUGGGUGUGCGCUUCGUGGCUGCGGGCGGCGAGGGCGACGAGGACGAGGAAGAGGAGCUGGACGACUGGGAGGAUGUGGUGGCGGAGCUGGGCAACCCGCUGGACAUGAGGCCGGCCAGGGUUGGCCUCAUGGAUGAUGACCUUGAGUUCGGACUGGACCCCGCCGAGGAGAUGGCGGCGGCGGUGGCGGCGGCGAAUGGCGACGACGACGAUGACGGCCGCCUGCCGCUGCCGCCGCUGCCUGCGUCAGCUGCCGCGGCUGCAGCUGCGGCGGCUGCGGUCGGGACCGGGGCGAGUGGCAGUAGCAGCAGCAGCAGCAGCAGCGGGACGAGUGCGUACUUGGACCCCUCGGCGUUGACACGAGUGGGACGUGGCGAGCUGCUACAGCUGGCGGCGCACGGCGGCAGUGCGCCCGACAAGGCGGCAGUAGCGCUGUUGGACGUGCGGGAGGCGGCCGAGGUGGCGGCGGCGGCGGCGGCGGCGGCGCCCCUCGCCGACGGCAGUAGCAGCACCAGUGACAGCAGCGCCAGCCCGGGCGGCUGCAGUGGCACUGGCGGUGGCGGCUGCGGUGGCGGCGGCGGCGGCGGCUGUAGCAGCAGUGCUACGUCACUGGCGCCGUGGGGGUCCCGGCAGCAGCACGUGGUGGUGAGGCACGUGGCGCUCAGUGAGCUGCGGCGGCCGCAGGCGGAGGCGCUGGCGGCGGCGGCGGACUACGUGGCAGUAGCAGCCACUGCCGACCACCGGGGCGAGCAGGCGGUGGUGCGGCUGGGCAAGGUGUACGGGCUGCGGCGAGUGGUGUUGUACGAUGAGGCGGAGGAGUGAGAGCGAGGGGGGGAGGGGCCCCGUGUGUGGGCGGGAGGGCGUGUGUGUGGAGGUGGGAGGGACGUGGGGAGAGGCGUGUGUCAGGUGAGGGUACCGGUCAACCGGUGACGGUCCGGUGCGGCGCUGGCUGGGUGGGGUUGUGACUUGUGAGCUGCUUUGAGCGUGUGAUGUUCAGUCAGCAAGGUUGGCUGUGAUGAGGGCAUAGGGCCACAGAAAGUGCUGUAGCUGUAGCUAUGUGGAGGCCUGGAGGAGUGGAGGUGGACUUGUGUGGAAGCGACUUACAGGUGGGACCCGCGGUGUCGCCCCGCGCGUGAGCAUAUGUGAGCAGCACUCAGCAGCGAGUGUUGCUCGAUGCAGGUCCCGGGGUAAAUCUUGUGAAACACAUUGCUCUCUGUCGAAAUGGCGAAGGCCUGGAGACGGCACACGCGGCAUUCUUUUGCGUCCUAG